AUGACCGCUGAAUUCCAAGCGAUCCUGGUUGAGGCGGACAAAGAGGGUACGAAAACUCCAUUGAAAAAGCAAAAGGAUCCUGUUGCGUCUACUGGUGCACCAAAGAGAAGAAAGCAACCUGCUAAAAGGAGAAAAUCUCCCACUCCUUCUCCAUCCCAGAGUGAAGGCGAACAUUCUGAAUCCGACUCCGAGUUUUCCACCCAGACUCCUGAGGUAACUCCACCAUUAAAUGAUUAUGUUCCUUCUACUCCUCCCUCCCAAAAAACAACCGCCUCUACACCAAUUACUAUUGCAUCUUGUCCUCUGUCUGUUUCAUCUCAACCACCGACAUCUAUUCCAGUUUCAAUCCCUAUCUUCACAGAAUCCACCAUUUCACCCCAAGCCUCUACUGCACCUAUAAUUUCAAUCAACUUAUCUGAUACGGGGGCUAACACUUUAGGUUUUUCAAGCCAUGUUACUCCACCCAUCUCUCCCAUUCGCACCGAUGACCCAGACAUGAUUUUCGUAGAUGAUGUGGUCGGAUUCACUUACAGUCCUUUUCAAAUCAGGAUUGAUAGUGAAGAUGAAGCCUCUGCUAUGAAAGGGGAACUCAAGUCUCUUCAUGAGAAUAUCGACCAGCUGAUUCUCGCAUCCAAAGCUUCUUCUUCUGAGGCUUACUCCAAAGCAGCUGUUGAGUUCGUUCUUGAGCGGGUCACAAAGGAACAUGCAGCUAACACCUCUACUAUGACCAAGGUAGUUUCUGAUUCAAAUGAAGUUUGCAAAUCCAUGACCGAAAAAGUCGAUAAACUAAUUGCUAACACCAUAAAGUUCAUGGAAGAUUACAAGACUACCUACAACUCCAACACCAUCACUGUGAACAAGGCCAUUCAGAAUGUUGGUACCAUGUUUAAAGCAGAAAGGACGAACUUUAUUGAUCUUCGCAAGGAGUUUCAGUCUGAUAAUCAAGCAUUCCAGUCUUCCAUCGAUGCAAAGAUCUCAAAGCUUUAG